CAAUAACUAUUUCCUUUAAUUUCAUUUUCCAGUGGUACAUUCUUUAUAAUAUUCAUUAAAGGUUCAUCAUUUUAUCGCUUCGUAAUGCUUCGGCCGAUUAUUACAACCAGUCUCAAAACUUUUUUAGAAAAACAAAGUGUCAGAAAUAAAGUAGUUAAACCCGCUUCAUUCUUGAAACCGGCGGACAAAUUAAAGCAAUUCAAUAAAGAGAAUAAGGAACUCUUCGGACCCUUGUUGGAAACGAACAAGCAAAAAAAAAGUAGAUUGCGAAAGGAAGCUAAAAAUAGAUCACAUCAAAACAACGAAGUGACCGCAUCGAAUGAAAGUACGCAAAAGUUUAUCGACGUUACGAGACAAGAUGCUGAAGUAAAUCAGAACCUUUGUGCUAAUAGAAGAAACAACAGUGUUAUUAAGAGUGUAAAAAGUUUUAAACACAAUAUGUGGCAAAACACGAGGACUUGUUUUAAUCUAGUAGGAAUAUUGUUUAAUGGGACACCAGUCAGAGGCAUAAAGACAUUUGUAGUGAAUAAUGCCACAGGUAGUUCAGCUGCCCAGCCUGGAUAUGUAAGCGAAGACAAAAUUCUCCAAAUUAAACAACACCAGAAUGACUAUGCCCAACAGUUCCCAUCAGUUACUUUAAUAUUAAACAAGACAAUGACUGAAGAGUCAAAAAAAUUAUUAGAUAAGUGGAAGAAAGAAAGGAUAGAAGAAAUGGGUUUGGAAGAGUUCAAUAGAUUUUAUCAAGCUCAAUUAGCAUCUGGCACAAAAUUUCACAAUACCCUCAAGACAUACUUUACGAAACCAAGGACCCAAUUACGUAUAGAAAAAGAUGUGGAAGGUGUCUGGUUGUCCGUCGCGGAGGUAUUGAAAAGUAUAUCUUCACCGAAGGCGAUAGAAUCAAAUGUAGUGCACCCAGUGUUAAAAUACAGAGGAGUAUUUGAUGCUAUUGCUGACUAUGAAGAAAAACCAACGCUUAUUGAAUGGAAGAAAUCAGAUAAACCACGAAAAUCGAUAUCAAUGACCUACGACAAUCCAGUCCAGCUGGCAGCUUACUUUGGUGCAGUGUGCAAUGAUCUGAAUUACAAACACUUCAACGUACGAGAUGCUUUACUAGUCAUAGCUUACACUGAUGGUUCUAAAGCAGAUGUAUACCAUCUGUCUAUGGAGAAGCUUAGAGAACAUUGGGCACAAUGGUUGAUCAGACUGGAAGAAUAUAUGGAGAAAUAUAGCAAUAAUUCAGAGAAGAUUUUAAAGGGUGGAAAACGGUUGUUUGAGGAGGAACUUGGGAAACUCUAAUACUUUAAGAGACAAUUCAUCAAUCACCCUUUGGAUCUUAUCUACGAGAUAAUCGUCGAAACAAUAGAAAACCUCACAAUUGGAGUCUCGCUGGAUUGAGAAAUAAUAUGUGGUAUGAUAUUACUUAGAAAUGUAACAAUUUAUGUAAAUAAAUUAGCAAAAACACACAAAGCAAGUUUUGUAGUAAAAAUAUAAGAAGUUUCUUUAUACUUUCACGUGCACUACAUAAAAAGGCGAAUUAAUAUUUGUUUGUAAUGUAAUUAAUAUAUUUUGUGGUCAAUAAAAUAAUUAAUAAAAUGAAAUAAAAAAAAUAUUCCAUUGCUAAUGACAUUUCUGGAGUGAAUGCAUUUAUUAAUUCCAGUUCUUAUAUGUAUCAUUAAAUGUAUGGAACAUUUGUAGUUCUUAUUCUGCUGGUAUAAAAAUAUUAAGAUAAUAUAUUUUUACAUUAAAUUAGAUGGCUAAAGAAUGACAGUGAAUUAUUCAAUGAACAUUAUUAAGACGAUAUGUUUAAUAUUAUUUUGCCUUAGAAUUUAUAUUUUAAAACAAACUUAAAUUAAACUCGAAUAAAUAUAUUUGACAAAUUCUGUGUUUCCAAAAGUUUACAAUUAUUCAUAAAAUCAAAGUUGUUACAAAACAAUUGUUAAGUUUAUUUUAAAGCUGUGUUUUCACUCAAAUAUUUUGUAAAUCUUGUCUUGGCUAUGCUUUGCAAUUCUUUGUAAAGUCAAAAUCAUUACAAAAAAUUGUAAAGUUUAUUUUUGCAAACAAUUUAUGGUAAUAACAGAAAGUUAUUGUCAACAUGUGACAACACAAAAUUGCUAUUUUUUUCUAUUGAGGUGUUGCAGCGUAUUGUUUACAAAAAUAUGACAAUAAUUUUGUCAUGUGUGGCUUGAAUUAAAGAUCAAAUGAGACUGGGAUUAAGACUGGAAUUGUUAUCGGGUUUGUUAUGUAUUUGAAUCUUAAAAUGUCGUUAGAAGAAAAAUAGAGCUCCUAUAAUAACAACAGCCAAACUUACAACUCGAAGCUAAAAGAGAGCUUAAAGAUAAAUCUACUGUUUUGUAGAAAAUGUUGAUCAAGGCGUGUAAAAAAUAAGUUAUAAGAUACCAAUACACAUGUAUAUCAAGUUAAAUAAUAUAAUGAAAGGAGUUAUAACACCUUAAUAUGCCUGUAUUGCGUCUAUUUAUUUAUAAAAAUAUGAUAGCUUCAUUAAUUUACAUAGCUUAAACAAUAACACUGUAAGCACAGCUUUAUGUUACAGAUUCAUAAUGUAAGUAAAUCGUAGCACUGUAACUAUUUAUGUUUAAAAAAAAUAUUUAAUUAAAUGUGCAAAGGUGUUACCUGAUAGUAAAUCACUAUCGUCCAUUAAUAUCAAGAUUUAUACGAAGCACCAUUCCUGUAUAUAUAAUCUAUAAUUUAGCAUUAUGACUAUGCUUAAGCAAACAUGUGUGUUGGUACCUUAAUAAACUAAUUGGCUUAAAAAGUUAUGUCUGGUUUUAGUAUGGUGACAAUCAUUAGUAUUAAUUUAUGUCUUUGCACAUUCUAUUAGUCGAUUUUGUAAAUUAUUAUUGUAUAAAUAAUUAAAUAAAUUCUUUGGCAAGACCGUUGGCUUAGUUGGUAGAUACGCCUUUCAUGCCGAAGGUUGUGGGUUCGAUUCCCACCCAAGUCAUACAUGUGCAUGAACAUGUCUGUUUCUCCUGAGUCUUGGUGUAAUUAUCUAUAUAAGUAUGUAUUUACAAAAGAAAAGCAGUAUAUGUAGUAUAUCAGUUGUCUGGUUUCCAUAGUACAAACUCUGCUUAAUUUGGGAUCAGAUGGCCGUGUGUGAAUAAUGUCCCAAGAUGUUAUUAUUAUAUUAUUGUUUUAUUUGGAUCUUUUUUACUUAGUCAAAGUUGUCUCAUUUGUUAUAUAUAACACUAGAAAAUAUUUCUUUUAUUUUUAAGAUAGUUAUAAAUUCAAAUGAAAAAAAAACUACGACAAGUUAUUUAUUUUAUUUUUUAAUGUAGUACACUGUUAUCUUAUCUGUUUGAAUAGAAGAAAAUGCGAGCAUUGUGAUCGUGGUAUUUAUGAGAGCUUAUCAAAAAACAUAUAUAAAUACCACGUCUAAUUGGUUAACCUUAAUCUAUACAGCUUACUUGGUACAUGAAGGUUAUAUUAAUAAAAUCGCAGAUAAUUUUUCAAUACUUCUCGAAUUCGUUUUUUUUUUGUUUUAAAUAGAAUGUGUUCUUAGUAUGCCAAAUAAAUCUGUAAUAACUAGUCAGUUUAUUCUCAUUGUCGCUUCUAUAUGUAUACAAAAAUAUUAGUUUUCAUUUAAUUUUGUGAAAUGUAUAUCAAUGUUAGUAACAUUUUCUUUGUUUUUACAAAGAACUUGACUUCUAGAUGAUUAGAUUAUUAAAACCUGUAAAUUAUAUAGCCAUUAUCAGUAUGUUAUUAUGUAUAAACAUAAUAUCUUUUGUUCUCGUUUAUCAGAAAUCGAAGCAAUUUUUGUUUGAAAGUCUGUGCCAUUUCUGAUUCAUUUUGUGAUCUAAUUUAAUUAUGUUUUUAUUGUUAUAAA